AUGACAUCUGUUAGAAAGAGAAAGAUGAAUAGAUCUUCCAUUGGGAAGGCUACAAGAAGAACUAAAGAUAAGAAGAAACAAAUUAAUAUUAGAUCGAACGCUAUUAUAGCAGAAAAUUGGGAUUAUUCUCUUACUUUAGCCCAAAACUAUAAGAAGUUGGGUUUGAGAGCUAAAUUACAAACACCAGCUGGUGGUAAUGAAGCAGAUUUUACCAAGAUCAUAAAGAAGCAGCCAUUACAAUCAAAUUACUUUAAAGAUGAUGAUGAGGAGGAGGAGGAAGAAGAGGAUGAAAAUGACCAAGAUGAAUUAAAUAGUGAUGGUUAUUACGAUGAGAACAAAAUUCUGGAAGGUGAAGCCAGAAUUCAGCGUGAUGAAGAUGGUAAUAUUCUGAAGAUUGUCUACGGGAAAAUGAAAAAGUUUGAUGAAGAUGAAAAUGUUGCACAAUUAAAAGUUAGAUUAGAAAAAUCAGAGCCUGAGAAGACAGAAGUUGUUAAGCUAUUAGAAGAGUACGCUAAUAGACCUGAAAAUGUUAGAGAAAGACUACAAAGUUCAAGAGAGGAAGAAUGGCUUGAAAGAUUGUAUAACAAGCAUGGAGAUGAUUAUAGGAAAAUGUUCUAUGAUACCAAACUAAAUAUCUAUCAACAAAGUCAAGGUGAUUUGAGAAGAAGAAUCGAAAAGUGGAAGAAGGUACAUAAUAUAAAGUAA